AUGUCAUCGUGCGAUGAACUUCUCGCUUUGCAAACUCAGCUCAUGGGGCAAAUAUCGAGAGCGCUGGCCAACUAUAAGAAACUCGGGCAAGCGAAGAUGACGCAAGCCGUAACUCGACAGCGACUCGCCGGUCUCAAAGACACAUUCGCUAAAUGUCAGGAGCUCGAUGGAAAACUCGUUCUCUAUGCCGACGAUAAAUUGAAAGCCUCUCACUCGUACUUUCAAAACCAUCUGUUCGAGAACUGCGAGGAUGUCUACAACGAGGCUGCGGACUUCAUGGCAGAGGUGCUAGCCACCUUCGAACCCCAGCCACCCCACCAUUCAACGAUCAACGGAAGCGGUCUGGCUGACUCAUUCCGUCCGUCCUCUCACUUGCCACGGAUCAACUUACCGACGUUCGACGGCAGCUUUGACAAAUGGGAAAGUUUUCGAGAUCGCUUCACCUCCCUGGUUCGUAACGAUGCCACCAUUUCUAAUGUCGACCGCAUGCACUAUCUUUGCUCGUGUGUAAAAGGGGACGCAAGUAACGUGUUGACUCAUCUCGCGAUUACCGAAGCAAAUUUUGUGGUCGCGUGGGACAUCCUGCAAUCGCGGUACGACAAUAAGCGUCGUCUAAUUACCGGGCAUUUACAAACGCUGCUCCAGCUGCCGACGCUGGUCUCCGAAAUUUCCAAAGACCUUCGGAACCUCCGCGAUCAAACGAACGCCGCGAUACAAGCUUUACAAAAUUUAGGGCGUCCGGUGGAACAUUGGGAUGACGUAUUAGUAUUUCUCGUUGCGCAAAAACUUGAUAAAUUCUCGAGAAAGGCGUGGGAACUCAAGCUCGGGGAUACGGCAGAGUAUCCUAAAUACACAGAACUCGAUCAAUUUCUCGAAUCGCGAGUUCGCGCGCUAGAGGCUAUCGUGCCCGUGACUCCCAAGGUCGCGGAGUCUUCUAAACCGAAAAAUAAAGUUCUCGCAUCACACGCGGCGUCGACCGCGACAUUAUCUUGUCCUCUGUGCAAAACAAGUCACCUGUUGUACCAAUGUUCCACCUUUCUAAAUCAAACACCGGCUCAACGUGCCGAUUUCAUCCGAAAAGUAAAGCGUUGCUUUAAUUGCCUCAGCGCAAAGCAUCCGGUCAAAGAUUGUACAAGCUCCCGCAGCUGCAAGCAAUGCAGUAAGCGACACCACACUUUGUUGCAUCUUGAUGCGUCCGUCAAAAACAAUGAAACCGAACCAGCAGAAUCCGCAGUCACGGUAGCGGCAAUCGAAAAAAUCGAAA